GAUUAAAACAAUGCGACAAUGAGCACCUUCUUAGAUUACUCAGUGAUGAGCGGAGAGGGCGGCUCGUGCUCGGUCAGGGCAUUCCACGCUGACCAUGGGAUUACAACUUUUCAGUCCUGUGCUGCCCUGAACAACUGCGGGGCGGAUGACCGCUUCACGUCAAACAGGGCUUCCCCAGACAACGCUUCCCACCAAGCAGGGUCAUACCAGUCGACACCGGGGUCUCUUGGUUUGGCUUAUGGGGCCCAUCCGGCGUGUAGCUAUGGGCCCCAAAACUUCUGCGCAACCUAUAACCAUUACACGCUCAACCAGGAAGUUGAGUCAGCAACAGGGUUCUCUUCGUGCGGCCCCUUGAUGUACUCUGGGAAUAUCUCCGCCUCCAUGGUGUCUCAGCAUCGUCAAGGUUACGGGGCUGCAGGCUUGGGCCAACUUCAGUACGCCCAAGCCACCUACGGCGGCGGCCACGAGCAGGGCAGCCUAAACCACUUCGCCGGGUGUUCGAGCUCUCUAUCGCCGCUGCACACGGGUCACCUUGAGGCAUGCUGCUCACCCCUGUCCGAAGGCGCGUCUUCCGCGCAGACGUUCGACUGGAUGAAAGUCAAACGGAAUCCUCCUAAAACAGGUAGGUCAGGCGAGUACGGCUAUGGCGGACAACCGAACACCGUCCGGACCAACUUCACCACGAAGCAGCUGACGGAGCUGGAGAAAGAGUUCCACUUCAAUAAGUACCUGACCCGGGCGAGGCGCGUGGAGAUAGCGGCCGCGCUACAGCUGAACGAGACGCAAGUGAAAAUAUGGUUCCAGAACCGCAGGAUGAAACAGAAGAAGCGUGAGAAGGAAGGACUGUUGCCGGCUAAAGCUCCUCCCAUCGGCCCGGGAGACAGUCAGGACAAAACAGACGACGCAUCAUCUGAGAAGUCUCUCUCGGCACCGUCCACUCCAUCCCCUACGCCCUCCGCUGGGACGGAUCCUUACGUGUCCAACUGAACAAACAGUUCAAGCCAGUGUUUUAAAGCAGGACUACCGAAGUUGCGUUUCCAAGGUGUGAUGGAGGACAUUUGGAAAUGCGCGACUAGUUUAAAUAGGGUUGAAUUCAUGCACAUGGACACAGUCACACUGACAAUAAUGUCGGCUGUUCCGUUGUUUGACUUCUUCAAAAUGUGUUUUCAGUGUUUGGAAAACCAAAGCAUUUAGAUGACCAAACUUGGGUUUGGCCGCCCAUUAGGUGAUAUAUUUCUGAAAUGCUGUGAAUGUGCCAACGUAUCCGUAGUCUUUGAAUGUUCCACUAUGUACAAAGGAAACAAAUACCUCAUGUGUGCCAAAGUUGUAAAUCAAAGACAAAGUGAUUGCACUUGAUGUCAUGAUCACAAUCAAAGAGACGAGACCUCGUGCAGGCCUAUAUUGUUUUGCUGUUCUAUGUUCUUAUUGAGUGUUAACAAUCUGUCACCCUGUUGUGUCUGAUUUAUGUGUAUCUAUGUCGCGAAUACCAAUCUGGAUUGAUCACGUGCGAUAUUUGCAUGAUGCGUACACCGCUUUUGAAUGGGACUCUAGACGCUGAGUUUUAUCAGUUUAUGGUAUGUUACGUCUCAUUUACUUUUCUUUCGUAUUGUCGGGGCAAGGUUUACGGG